UUUCAUACAGUGGAAAUCUAAUAGAUAAAAGAAUAAAUUGUUACAAAAUUUACAACAUGACUUGGGAUUAUAUCGAAGUGCCGUGUCGAAAAAUAUCGUUUUAAAAAGCUUAUAUAAUUUCUCAACACAAAUAUUACAUAUUUCAUAAAGUUACGUUUUGUUAGAAGAAGAUCGAGAUCGAUAAAUUAUGGUCUUUCAGUAAAAAAUGGAAAUUAUAACGUUGCACGCAGACUUAUCUCCCAAAUGAAGAAAUCUAGAUUUUAUCUAGAUGAUAAAGGAGUAUCAACAUACCUUCAACUUUGAUGCUUUUUUUAAAGGAAGAUUAUAUAAUAAGCGAUUCCAUUAUAGUGUCUAAUCGAAAUUAUAAUAUAUUUUUCUUAUUUGCUUCCAGUCAGGGUGACGGACACAUACGCACAUUUUUGAUGUUAUCUACUUCCCUGGGCAAUAUAUCGAUUAUACGUUUCAUUGGAGUUGUGUCUCUAACUGCGAAAUCAUGAAAAGAAGUUAAUUAGAUAAUAAGAAAUAUUAUUUCGUAAUUAAGUCACGAUACGAUAUUUUCGUAUUGUUUAUUAUUAUCGAUUAUUCAAUGAUAUCGAUUUUACACAAGUCGAGGAAUAAUGCAAUUUUCCAAUUUUUUGCUAUAAUUAUUAUAUCGAGUUCUUUAUGACGUUUGUUUUAGAUACUUUGCGACUUUAUCUUAAAAAGGAUUUUGCAAUUGCACGUCUGAGAAAUAUUCAUAGAUACGUGAUGAAUAUAUCAGCACGUUCGAAUUAUGGAAAUCGACGAUUGUUCACAUUUACGCUGUUAAAGAAUUACGUUGUUAAAAAAUUAAUCGUCGAAAUAUUUGGAAAAGAUGUGGGGUUGAGAAAAAUGAGUUGAGAGAUGCGCGAUAAAACCAUAAAACUUUCCGUAUAUUCCUCGUAUUGCGUUGCAAAGUUUGUUCGAUAUAGAUGAUAGCGUAUCUAUUUUAUCUAGCGUUGAAAUAGUUAUUCAAAAAUAAUUGUCUUAUUCGGCAAUGUUUAAUUAUAAGUUUAAUUCGCUUGUUUCUAACAAUCUUGAUAAAACGGUGUUGAUCGUUAAAGAGCAAAUAUUUUUUUCGGUAUUAGUACCGAUUUGACUUUUCUAAGGGGAUUUAUUUAAAAGGAAUAUCAAAUAUUAAAUGAAUUUCUUUGAAAAUAUUAAAAUAUAAAGCUCUGUCUGAAAGACUUAUGUAUCGUGUGUACGUGUCUUCAUCCGCGGAGAGCUCCAUCCGCCCCGUUCGCUCCGUUCGAUUCUGCCACGCGUAGAGAGGGAGAGAAAAGCCGCGCGCACACGCGUAUUCCGACGUGUCGCUCUCUCGCUCUCUCGCAGAUUGAUUUCGAGUCCGCGACGCUGUUUCUAUCUCUCGCACACGCAACGUAUCUAUUUCGCGAAUAAGUGUGAAACGGGGUGAAGUAAGGGUGACGCAAGGCGCGUGUAGCUUUGCGCGGCUCACCUGUUGUGCGACACCCUUGCUGCGUUCUCCGCAGUUUUUCCAAGUUUCGCUUUCUUCUCUCUCUCUCUCUCUCUCUCUCUCUCUCUCUCGUACUUAUAUUACGGUAUUAAUCGCAGCUUAAUAACGUGCGUUUCGUGUCUCACGUCUCGUCCUCGAGUGUUCGCACAUUCGAAAGAGCAUAAGAGCGCAAGGCAGCAAAACUGAUUGUGAUUGCGAUGGCGAGGCGCGAGACGCAAAUCCUUUCGUUAUUUUUAUGUGGAUUUUAUAACAAUUUGCCGAUUGAAUACAAAUUUGUUUGUAUUCAGUUUGUAUUCAAAUUCGACGUGUGCGCGAUGUGUUUGUCCCCGAUAUGCUUCUUCAUCUCAAGUUUGUUACAUUAGCAAUUAGACAAAUAAAAGAAAUAAAACUUUUUGCCAGGAUGAAUUUGAGAUCGCUCUCGAGAGCUUAUAAUUAGCUUUAAAAAAUGAACAAUUUUAGAAACGGGGAAAAAUGUGUAGAACAAGUGUAUCGAACCUAUCUGAAGAUCCACGUAGAGAUGUGAAAAAGAAAAUUGAUUCCAUUCUUCGAAAAUCAGCUUGGUGGCUUGAAGCUUAUCAGCGAUUUUCUCGCUGGUAAAGUGACCUCGAGCGAGCUAUCCGCUUAAGUUGUACUUGGCAAUUAAACGUAAUAUCAAUUUGCGAUUGUUAUAACACAGAAAGGUCGUCGUCAUCUCGCACCGGUGGCUCAAUCUAAUUAAUUAGCUGUAAUAGUUAACCGAUGGGACGAUUAGAAUCAUAUUCCAUAAUGAAUACGGUUCGCACGCGAAGCAAAGUCCUUAAGGAUCUUAUUAGCUAACAGCUAUAAGGGAAGACCAAGUAAAUUGCGAACAGGAACGGAUCUUCAACAAUAGACGUUAAAUAUUUUUCUUCGAUUUUUCACUUACGAAAUGACAAAAUAAUUGCAAUUGCUAUUUGCAAAAUAUCAAGUUUUGAUCAUAGAUGCCAGAUCUAACCCGUCCGUAAUUUUUCUUCGAUGACGAUACGCGUUGUCUAUCUCUCUUUUAUAUAAAGAAAAAAAACAAAUUCAAAAAUGAGAACUGAAGUAAGGAAUAGGAAAAAAUAUUUCAAAUUGUAUACAGUUUAUAUGUAAAGCCAAUUUUUCCACGUUCUAUUUUCUUCUACUUCUACUUCUACUCAUCCGUUUGUCCGUUUAAUCAUGAAAUUUAACACAAACUAUUAUCGGACAAACUUGCAUUCCAAACUUGCAUCUCCAUUAGAGAUAUUCUUCACUUCCCUUUUAUUUGUGACCUAAAAGUUUCAACGUUGAAAUCCUACAAACGUUGAGAAAUCCGGCCCUGAUUGCAGGUAUAAGGAAGAGGGAGUGGAAAUGGGAGACGGGAAGAGAUCGUCUAUACAGAGCCUAAAUAGAUUCAGCAAAGAAAAUGGAACGAUGGAAGAGGAAAGCGGGAAUAAGUGGGGAGAAAGACGAAAUUGAAAAGUUGCGGAAAGCAGUGGGAGAGCCCAUCGAAUCUACCUGAUUAUUCCGUACACGGCACUGUGUCACGAAACAUACAAUUUCGCGUUUCGCGCAAGAGGUGCAACGUGAUUUGCUACUGACCGGUGACUCUUGGUUCGCUUCAUUCUUCAGCCCCGCUGCAUCUUCUAUUCUGUAAAAGAACGGGUCGCAACUUCUGCGCAAAGGACAUCCGAGAAGUCCGCAAGAGGGUGUUUACCAGUUUAGGCAAGUGAUAGGACUUGGCAGGACUCGUCCAGAAACAUGUACGGUUUAAUCUUGGAAAACCUGGCCGAAUAUAUAAGGCAGGUUUACGGCGAGGAUAGAUGGGAGGAGAUUCGUAGGCAGGCAUCCGUGGAUCAGCCAAGCUUUAGCGUUCAUCAAGUCUAUCCGGAGAACUUGAUACCAAGAUUAGCGAAAAAGGCGAUUCAGGUACUCGGUGUGACGGAAAAAGAGUUUUUCGAUCAAAUGGGUGUGCAUUUUGUAGGAUUUGUCGGUCAGUACGGUUACGAUCGCGUACUCUCGGUUCUCGGACGACACGUGAGGGACUUUUUGAAUGGUCUAGACAAUCUUCAUGAGUACCUCAAAUUUUCCUAUCCGAGAAUGCGAGCGCCUUCGUUCAUCUGUGAAAAUGAGACUCGUCAAGGGUUGACUCUUCACUAUCGGAGCAAACGCCGAGGUUUCGUCUAUUAUACGAUGGGUCAAAUAAGAGAAGUCGCUCGACAUUUUUAUCACAAAGAACUGCAAAUCGAGCUGGUGCGUGAAGAAGUGCUUUUCGACACAGUGCACGUGACUUUUCAACUUACCUUUGACAAUCGUGCCUUCACAUUAGCGUCGCUCGCGAUGACUCGUGAGGAGAAGCAUCUACCGAUCGGGGCGUGCGUGCUCUUUGAAAUAUUUCCCUUCUGCAUUGUUUUUGGAUCGGAUAUGGUUGUUAGGAGCAUUGGUAAUUCAUUAAUGGUCAUACUGCCAGAUCUGGUUGGCAAGAAAAUCACGUACUUCUUCGAUCUGGUUCGACCGCUUAUUGCGUUUAAAUUUCAAUCGAUAUUGAACAGAACGAACAACAUUUUCGAGUUGGUUACCGUUGAGCCAGUGCUUACGGAACGAUUGAAUGAUCGACACAGGAAUGAAAUUCUCUUGAGUGAUGAGCUUGAAAUGGUAGAAGAUAAGACUUUACGACUAAAGGGUCAAAUGAUAUAUAUGGACAAUUGGAAAAUGAUGAUGUAUCUUGGUACUCCAGUCAUGCCCGAUCUGAAUGCUCUAAUAGCAACCGGCCUCUAUAUAAAUGAUCUAUCGAUGCACGACUUUAGCCGAGAUCUUAUGCUCGCCGGGACUCAACAAUCCGUGGAAUUAAAACUAGCAUUAGAUCAAGAACAGCUUAAGAGUAAAAAAUUAGAGGAAUCUAUGAGAAAAUUGGACGAGGAGAUGAAGCGUACAGAUGAGUUGUUGUACCAAAUGAUUCCCAAACAAGUCGCGGAUCGUCUGAGAAAUGGCGAGAGUCCGAUUGAUACUUGCGAGAUGUUCGAUAGCGUAUCAAUUUUAUUCUCGGAUGUGGUGACUUUUACCGAAAUCUGCAGUAGAAUCUCGCCGAUGGAAGUUGUGUCCAUGUUGAACGCCAUGUACUCUCUGUUUGACACUUUGACCGAGAGAAAUCGAGUUUACAAGGUUGAAACCAUCGGUGACGCUUACAUGGUAGUUUCUGGCGCGCCAGUAAAAGAAAAUGACCAUGCCGAUCGAGUAUGCGAUAUGGCGCUCGACAUGGUCGAGGCAAUAACCGAUCUCAAGGAUCGUUCGACAGGCAAACAUUUGCAGAUACGCGUUGGUAUUCAUAGCGGCGCGGUUGUAGCCGGUAUCGUUGGCUUAAAGAUGCCCCGAUACUGUCUUUUCGGUGAUUCCGUCAAUACGGCAGCCCGUAUGGAAGCGACAAGCCAAGCCAUGCAAAUACAUAUAUCUCAAUCCACUCAAGAAUUGCUAUCCCCCUCAUAUAAGGUGAAAGAACGCGGCGAAAUUGAGGUCAAGGGAAAAGGCACAAUGAAAACCUAUUGGUUGGAAAAACGAGAACGUCGUUCCGUGGCGACCAAAGGAAUUACUAUACAGGAACCUCCUCAAUGGCAUUUGACUAGGAACUUUGAGAAAAGAGUUUCCUUGGUAGGAGCGAUAAAUUUGAUAAAUCCAGGCAUGUUUGAGAAAUCGGUUCCGGGUGACGCGUUGCCGGGACGUAGAGGUUCGUCAAAAAUGUCAUCCCCGACACCACCGGGAUCCUCGGGAUUUUUCUCCGAGGAAAGAAGAAUAUAUUCCCCUAUUACUUUUCAAGAUGUCGCGCGACGAUCGGUCGCGAAUUCUCCGACGAAGAACGUGGAAAUACGAGAAUGUCGUUCGAAUUCCAUGGGCGCGGUAAGCAUUAGAAAUACGUCAGACAUGUUUAGUUCUCUUCUGAACGACACGGAGGAACACUUCCGGCAACAUCGGGAUAGUUUGUCACCGCGCGCGGAAAAUCAAUCGGCGAGCUUGUAUGUGAAACCGGAAGUGAAGAUCAAUAUUACCUCGUCUUCGUCUUCGCAGAGUUCCGAAGGCGAAUCGAAUCUAUCAUUGGGUUUCACGCUACAAACGCGAAAAGAUAACAUGGCUGCGACAGUUAUCAACGAUAGCGACUGCGCGGCAACGGCGACGGCAGUUGGCGGUAGCGAUUCUAGCAAUUCUCAGUUAUUGAUGCAACAGGACCAGUGUUGUCCGGGAUUUACCAUUUCAAAGAGUAGCAAGAUGCGUCAUCAAGGAAACAGCUGUACUAUUUUCUAAUAUAAAUUGUGUGGAUUUGACAUUUCUCUAGAUUUGAAUUUUAAUUAAACAUUUUUAAUUUAAAAGCUUUCUAUAUCUCCUUCUGCCUUAUUUUCUUAUAAAAACAGAAGGCAAAUAUUUCAUUAUUUUCAUUGAAAACUAUUGUAUAUUGCUCCCAAAAUAAUCUUACAGGAUUAAAGAAAUUUUGUAAAAUA